AUGGCACCCUAUCUCAACGACACGGCUACCAUGACAGCCAGCGGCGAGACCCACGAAGCAUACCUCAAGGCGCCUGACUUCCAGAGGUUCGACCGCCCACCUCGCAUCCUUGUCAUAGGAGCCGGUAGUCGCGGUACGGCGUAUGCAGAAGCCGUGUUAGAGGGCACCAAUGCAACCAUCUCAGCAGUAUGCGAGCCCAUGGCAUCCAAGCGUGCUGCGUUUGGGCGAAAGUUCAUCUGGGCCGACACUCCCCCCGCCCAGGCUGGGCAACAGUUCGCCAGCUGGAAGCAGUGGGUCGAGUAUGAAGAGGAGAGAAGAACGAAGCAGGCCAGAGGUGUCGUGGUAGAACCGGGCAUCGAUGCAGUGUUUGUGUGCGUGCUCGAUGAGAUGCACGAGCAAGUUGUGUGUGGCAUUGCGCAUCUGAAAGUACAUGUAUGCUGUGAGAAGCCGCUGAGUACGAGAUUGGACAGCUGUGUCAGGAUGUUCAAGGCGCUCAACGACGCGAAGAAAAACGACACAGCGGAGGGCAAGAAAGAGCCCAUCUUCGGCAUAUGCCACGUGCUUCGAUACUCGCCACACAACAUGCUACUACGCCACCUGGUGAGGGAGAAGAACGUCAUUGGAGAUGUUCUAAGCAUCGAGCAUGUUGAGCCCGUGGGAUGGUGGCAUUUCAGCCAUAGCUAUGUUCGAGGCAACUGGCGCAAGGAAUCCACAUCAGCACCCUCGCUCCUCACCAAAUCUUGCCACGAUAUCGACUUCCUGAUGUGGAUGCUCUGCUCUCCCCUGUCCACCACAUCGCCACCCCACCUACCCUCUCAGAUCACCUCCACGGGCUCACUCAAGUACUUCCGCCCAUCGCGCAAACCACACGAAGCCAGCAGCGCAACAAACUGCCUCUCCUGCUCCCACGAGCCCUCGUGCGCCUACAGCGCCAAGAAGAUCUAUCUCGACAAGCACCUAGCCCGGGGCACGACGGACUGGCCAGUCAAGGUCGUAAACCCAGACAUGGAGGACCUGUACCACAGCUCGGGCAUCGACGCAGCAGCGCGCCAGCUGCUCUCGAACCUCGCCGAGGACUACGAUGACAGUACGCCUCCAGAAGCGGUGAGCGGGCGCAACUGGUUUGGCCGGUGCGUGUGGGAGUCGGACAACGACGUGUGCGAUGACCAGGUCGUCACGCUUUCCUGGGAUGACGACGACGACGACGACAACAUUAACAACAACGACAACAACAACGACAACAAGGGGGAUACGAGCCGAGGCGCGAAGACAGCGCUGUUCCAUAUGAUUGCACAUACGGAGAAGCAGUGCGAAAGACGCGGCAGGAUCUACGGCACAAAAGGCGAGAUUGAAUACGACAGCACGACGAUUUCAGUUCACGACUUUGCGACUGCGAAGACGGUCAGUCAUAAGCCGCACUUUGCGGGUGGUGGGCAUGGGGGUGGCGAUGCGGGGUUGGCGAGGCAGUUCCUCAUGGCUGUGGAUGCUGUGGAUGAGGGAGGUGUGGGGACGCACGAGGCGCAGAGAGCGUUCUUGGGGUGUGAUCUGGAAGAAGCGUUUAGGAGCCAUGCUGUUGUGUUUGCGGCGGAGGAUGCGAGGACGGAGAAACGGGUUGUGGAGUGGAAGCGCUGGUGGGAGGAGAAUGUUGAGAGGCAGCUGGAGUGA